UUUUCUUACUUUAUUGCUAUUCCCUUGUGUUCUUUUUCUUAGCUUUAGUUGCUGAAAAUCAACUAAAAACUACGAAAAUUAAGCCCUGAACUACCGACCAACAAUAUUAUAUCCAUAGGCGGGACAGUUUUUCCUGAAGUAGCCAUCUAUGUCCCACAUCAAAAUCAGACCCAUGAAUGAAAUGUAAAUGUAAAAGAAUAAGAGGCGGAACUAAUUCAUCCAUUUUGGGCAUUUGCGGCAAAUGCAUAAAAGAAAUAAAAUUUUACACAUUGGCUCUUGCUUUCCUUCAAAAACUCCUAAGAUAGAGAUUUUAACUGGGUAGUUUUUGUUCUUUUGCAGGUGCGAGUACACACAAAAGGAACGAAAAGAAGGCGUGUCUUUUGUUGAACCAUUUAGGAUAGAGGAGAUCAAUUGUUCGCGGCGAGGGAAGAUUCCCAAGGAAAGGGACGCAGGAAUGUGAGAAAAGAUGCUUAAGGCAUUCAGUUUUCCCACCCGAAAAUUGGGUGGAAGUGAGGAAGUUGAUUCCCGAAUAAUGGACGCCAUAAAUUGUGUCAAUUCAUGGCUUCGCCAAGAAGAGGAAACUUAGGGCAGUCAAACACCAACUACCAAUCACAAACCAUCCAUCCCAUCCAAUACAAAACUCCCAAACUUCAACAGGAAUUCUCAAAUUGCCGUUCAUUUCUUUACAAAUGGGAGGAAGCUGCUUGGUAAACAGAUGAGGGAGGUGUGAAUGUGAAACACCAUAAUGAAGUGCUCAAAGUUGUACAGCAGCCUCAUUGAGCAUUUGCUCUUUUUCACGUGCCUCGUGUACAAAAUCCAUGGCUCCGACUGCCACACACCGGGGUCAGGGAUUGCACAAGGAGGAGAAAUCCUUAGGAUCAAUCCUCAAAUUCAGGAGCGGCUCAAGACGUUUCAGGGUGCCGGUUCAAAAGUGAUCUCAACCCGAGAAAAUAAGGGUUCCAGUGAGGGAGACGUGGAGGAUACCAAGUCAGUGGUGUCAUUUUGCCCUCAGAAGUGUCAGUGUAACAUCACAUUAUCCAACCAAUUGCAAGUGGUGUGCACGGAUCAUUUUUCCAACAACUUUCCCAUUGAGACUCUGCGGAAGGAUGUAGAAAUCCUUAAGAUUGUACCACAAUGUCUAAAUCAAGCUAAAGAUAAUUGUGUUGAGCGGCAGCAGAACCACUUGAAUCUGGGGCCCAAUUUCAAGUAUCUUCGAUUGCUCAAAGUGUUGGUGAUAACUGACUCCAACAUCCCAAAUAUUGGCAUCCGAACUCUCUGGGGCUUGUCAGGGUUGAGGAUACUAGACUUGAGUCGAAACAAGUUGACCACAAUUGUGGAUAAGAACUUUGAUGGGCUGUACUCAUUGAAGGAGAUUCACUUCAAUAACAAUCAGAUCAAGUCUAUGGUCAGUGCUGCAUUUCGUCAUGUCACUCAGUUGGAACUAUUGUCUCUGAGGCAUAACCGGAUUCAUGAUCUUGCACCAAGGAUAUUCUUCAAGUUGAGGAAUCUGAAACAUUUGGACUUGAGUGGUAACAAGCUGGAACACAUUGAUGGUGGAGUGUUUGUGGAUACCCCAAAUUUAGAAUGUUUUGCUUGUGAAGGAUGUUCACUCUUUCAGUUGAAUUUGCCUUUGCAUGUGGAACUUCAUCAGUUGGGCUCCCUACUUUUGGCCAACAAUACUUUCCAAUCCCAAUCCGAUAUCAACCCCAAGUUCCUGAGGAAUGUCCAGGAGCUGGAUCUGAGUAAAAACUUCCUGGUGGCCCUAGAACCCUUGGAAAGUCAAGCCUUGCAAAUCCUGAAAGUGGCGAGGAACAACAUCACUAAAAUUAGUGAUUGUGCCCUUUGUAACACUUCAAUUCAACACUUGAAUUUGGGCUACAAUAGGAUGGCAUACUUGAAUGGCAAAAUGUUCCCAGAGAAUAUCAAAUCUCUCCAAUCCUUGACCUUGUCUGGAAAUUGGGUGAAUUUGGUCUCAUUAGAACAUAUGCUGCAUGGCUUGCCAACGUUGGAAUCCCUUGAUUUGGAUCACACAGGGAUUGUGAAUGUUCCAAACGGGUUGCUCCAAGGUAAUCCCUCACUUCGCCAUCUCAACUUGAGUCAAAAUCUCUUAGUUGAUCUCGAGCCCCUGGCUUUUGAUCAUCUGGAGAAACUGGAGACCCUGGAUCUGAGCUCCAACUUCCUCAUGGGUUUAUCCAUGCAGUUCUUUCAAGAGGUCGAGCGGAAGAAGCGUCUUCGGAUGGUCUACCUUCAGAGAAACCAGUGGAAAUGUGACAAGUGUCACAUCAAGCCGUUGAUCCAUUUCCUAAAGAAUUCGCUCAUGUAUUGGGGCAGUUGUUUCAAAAAGGACAGUCCCCUUUGUCUCAAAUGCUCCAACCCCAACCAUCUUCUUCACGUGCCCAUCGAGGAGCUCACGGAGAAGAGUAGUUUGCCGGACUGCAUACCCAUUGUCGAAGUUCAUUUUGAAUCCACGCUUUACCAACCAUCUAAAGAGUCUUGGGACACGAAUAGCCCCUCCGUGGCUCUGGGGGUGGCCUCCUGCCUACUUUUGAUUCCAGUCAUCAUACUAAUCGUUCGAUACCGACAUUACGGUGUGUACGUGACUCACGAGGAGGAUCAGUUAGUGGAUGGAGACGACGAGAUCCUGAGGAAUCCCGUGGUCAUCCUGGAUCGGAACUCCGAAUCCUAUGUCAAUUUAAAGUACCCCGUCCUCCCCGAGGACAGUCCGAGGUCCAUGUGCUCCAUGGGAACCCUUCAUUGAUUGAGUUUGCAGAUUUUUUACGCCAUUACAAACAUACACAUUCCCUAGUAUAUGAGCAUUUUAUUUGAUUGGUCAAAAUGUACAUGAGUCUUAACUGAAGAGGCUAGAAUGCUACUUGUGACCAAAGUCUUUUGUGGAGUCACUUUUUAUACAAGAGAAUAAACAUGAACACACA